AGCCUUCCUUUUCCGAGCUGCUGCAGCGAGCCACUCGUUGGCCCUCAGAUGCUGCUGCUACCGCUUUCACCAGCAGCGGCAGCAGCGGCAGCAGCAGCAGCAGCAGCAGCAUCAGCGAAAGCACUGGAAGCAUUGGGUGGGAAGCAGAGGGCAGUUUCAGCAGUGGCAGCGGCGGCAGCAGCAGGAGUGUGUUUGAUGACGGGCAAGGGUUGGUGGUGGCGAGUGCGGAAGGCAGUGCGGUGAUGCCGCGUGUGAGGGACGUGGUGGGUGCAGGGCGGUACGAUCUGCACCAUGCCAUCGUGCUGCAUGGUGGGUACCGCCUCGUGGCCAGGGAGCUGGGCCGUGAGAGUGGGUGCUGGGGCGGGCUGGAGAGUGUUGUGGUGCGUUGGGAGGGUGGGGGAAGUGGUAGUGAUGAAAGCAGCAACACUGAGAGCAGCAACCGUGGGAGCAGCAGUGGUGGUGACGGCAGGCUGAGGAGGCGGGUGGGGCGGGGGGCGCGGCAGCAGAUGCUGGAGGCGACAGCAGGCAGGGUGAGAGCACUCAUGCUCACGCACGGCCUCUCCACCUUCCCCACCUCCUCCCAAAUGCUAGCCCUCGCUGCUUCUCCAGCAAACCCAACAACUCCAUCAGAAGAAUCCAGGUCACGAGACUCUCCCUGUGUCGUGCCCCAUGCCUCUGCCUGUGAGGGCCAGCACCUACUGGCAUCGGAGCGGCGAAGCGGGGGCAUAGAGGAGUGUGCGUCUGCAAGUGCUUCUGCCGUGUCCCAAGGCCCAGCAGGUGCCUGGGAGGGCGAGCAGCUGGUGGCGGCGGUGCGGCGCAGUGGGGGCCCGGGGGCAGUGGCAGACUACCUGGGCGUGCGGCUCAGCAAGCGGGGCCGCGGGCACUGGGCAGAUGAGCAUGUGGCUGCUGCUGCUGUGCGCUCCUUCCUCCUCCGCCACUGGGGCCUGCUCCCCCCGUCCCCCCAACCACUCUCCUCUCAGCUACUCACUCCCCACCCAUCUCACCAGCCUUCCUCCCAGCCUCUCACCCCUCCUCAACUUGCCCACUCCUCACCAGCUCCCCUUACUCCUCCUGAUCCUCUCCUAGAAUGGGACGAGGAGGAGGAGAGGGCGGUGUGGGAGGAGGCGGUGAGGGGGGGCGUGGUGGAGAGGCAGGGGCGGGGCUUCCCCACAGACGUGCAGCUGGUGGCGGCUGGGCGGCUGGACGUGAGAUACAUUCUGCGCAAGUUCGGCCGACAAGCCAUUGCUCAGGCCCUAGGGUCCCUGUGA